UCCGUAUAUCACAUUUUGUAGCGAUAAAGAGAGACUACAAGGUAGACAUGUGAGAGACGAAACGAGAGUGGAUCCUAUAAACUUCGCUCAGAUCUCUACUUCCUCUUUCUCUCUCACACACACAUCUACACUUAGCUUUCUCUAUAUAUAUAGAAGAGAACCGAAGAGGGGGGAAAGAAGAAGCUAAAACAUAUAAGAAUGGUUUCGAGGGAACACAAGAGAGGUUCCUCUCUGCGUGAGAAGUUUCAUUUGCUUCGUUCAAUCACUAAUUCUCAUGCUGAGAGCGAAACAUCUGUCAUAGUGGAUGCAUCAAAAUAUAUCAAAAAGCUUAAGCAGAAAGUAGAAAAAAUCAACAAUGAGACCACGUCUGAGCAAUCUUUCCGCGAAUCUUCCGAUCCAAAUCCUAUGGUUACAGUGGAAACCCUAGAGAACGGGUUCAUGAUAAAGGUAAUGUCAGUGAAGAAUGAGGCAGGCAUGUUGGUUUGUGUUCUUGAAACCUUUGAAGAUCUUGGACUUGAUGUUGUUGAAGCUAGGGUUUCAUGUACAGACACAUUUAGCUUACAUGCCAUUGGUUCAUCAAAUAAUGAUGGAGACAUCAUGGAUGCUGAAGCAGUGAAACAGGCAGUGACAGAAGCAAUCAGGACCUGGAGUGAUAGCCAUGCAUGAUCCAAAAGGCUUGACCGGAUCAGAAGUAUUCGUUUGAUUUCUAUAUAUAUUUAUACAUUUGUUUUACCUAAAAAGGGAUCUUUUGAUAGACAUAUGAUCAAGGAAAAAACCAAUUGUAUGUCUCUCUGAUUAAUCAAAUUAAAUCUCUCAAGUUAAUUAAUUUA